GCCACGCCGUAUAAUAAUUUAUUACUCAAACAUCUUUAUAUAUCAAUAACAAGGGCGAGAAUGGUGAUGUGCUCGUGCAUUCCGCCACCAGCUUCGCUGCAACCGCGAAAGGUCUAUAACAUUCUGGUUCCGGACGUGUUCCCUCUCAAGCCACCGGAUCCGCACUCAGAUGUGCCGAAGGGCGUGGAGCGGAAAAUGGAGAAGCUUGCGGAGUACCUCCAGAAGCAACCCGCAAGAACGUCAAAAGUGUCGCGCAGGCUCACCCGCCGCAUCAAGGCGGAGCUUGCAUACAAAAACUACGGCUAUGUGAAGAUAGCGGUGCAAACGUAUCGUUACCUGCUUGGCAAGUCUGCGGCGGAGGAGAGCCCGUUCACGUUCAGCUACUUCGCGAAGGAGCUUAUUGAGGAGCCGGACGCGGUGAUUCGAACGCUGAUGAGCCACACGGAUCCCAUGAUCCGGACCAUGGGGGCCGAGUUACUGGCGAGCUACAUCAAGGCACAGAAUCCCGUGGAGCACCAGCUGCGCGCGGUGCAGCCCCUGGUGUCCACCGCGUGCGAGCUGGCGCGCAAGGGUGGGCAAUUGCAGGCGGCGCAGACGCUGGCGUGCCUGCGCGCGGUGGCGGAGUUCAUGGGGCUGUGCUUCGAGCUCAAGACGCUGCCGCCCAACCUGGAGGAGAUCGAGGCGGCCGUGCUGCAGAACCUGGACACAAGCGGUGCCAGCCCCGUGAACACCACACCAGAUGAGGCGACGGUGCCGGGACUCGCGCACAGCCUCCUGCUCAACUUCAAGCCCUUCCUGCAGGACAUCAGCACCGUUUACCGGGUGAUGGAGACGCUGUUUCGCCAUCUGGACGAAAACGGCCGCUGGCAGCAGACGGACUCGGUGCAGCGGCUGAUGGCGCUGGUCCAGAGCUCCUGCUCGGAGCAGCCCUUCCCGCUGUUUACGGCGCUCAUGCGCCACAGCAGCGCGCCGGGUCUGGGCCCCGACGAGCGGGUGGUGGUCAUCAACCUGGCGCUGCAGCAGCCGUCCGUGUACUCGCUGUCGGCGUUCAGCAUGGCGCUGCAGGAGCUCCCACGCGCUUUGACGGCGGACGCCAACGCCGCCACCACAGCGCUGCACAACGCGGUCAUGGGGGCGGUGCGCAAGCUGGCGCAGGAGGUUGGUGACGCAGGCCAGAUGUGCGAGGCCAUCUCGUCCGUGCUGCGCCAGCACGCGACGCCCUCCAAGACGGCUCAGGCCUGCCUGGAGUGUGCGCUCACGGCGGUGCUGGUCAUCCCUAGCUUCCCCGAGGCGGGCCGCACCUUCCCCGGUGGCCACGCGCCGGCGCAGCUGCUGCAGCAGCUGGCAGCCAUCAUCACUGUGUGGGGCUCGGCGGAGGCAGAGAGUCGCGCCACUGCGUGCGCGCUGCUGGGCGCGGUGCUGACGGCGUGCGGCAGCGCCGGCGUGGGCGCGGGCGGCCUGCGCGAUGAGAAGCAGGCGCUGGGGCUGAUGGACCUGGUGCUGCAGAUGGCGCGCAACGUGUCGCUGGGUACGCCGGCCGACGUGGCGACCAUGAGCCGAGUGCUCAUUGCUUGCUUGGACAGCAAGCAGCCGGAGCUGCUGCUGCAUGGCGUACGCCUGUCCAAGGUGCUCCUGGCUGAGGCUUACAAGUACGCGCCCACUGUGGGUGCAGCAGCUGCCGUGGAGCGCGCGGCAAAGGACGCGGCGGACGUGGAGAGGCCAGGGACAGGAGACGAGGAGUCAGACAGGCUGUGGGCGGUGUCGCUGCUGUUGCUGAUCAACAACCUGCUCAGUACGUUGGCGUCGCGCGGCAACUGCCCGCACCUUCUACCGCUGCGGUUCACCAUCCCAGCGGAGGCGUGCGCCAGCCUGAAGGAGGAGAACGGCGCGCUGGUGAGCACCUCGGUGCUGCUGCAGGGCGACGCGCGCUUUGCCGAAGCGUCCCUGAAGGGGGUGCAGGCCGAGUGGCCCGUGAGCCAUUGGUACGGCAAGGUGCUUGACGCGCUCUGCAAGGGCAGCCUCCUGCAGACGCACUACAUGCACAACCUGCAGAACGUGGUGUUCGAGCCCUUCGCCGCCUACUCCAUGCCAGGCCUACCCGCAGCGCAGACGCUCGCGGUGCAGGCCUCGCUUAACCCGAGCGCUGCUGGUGUACAGGGCGCCGGCGCCGUUGCGGCGUCCAGCGGCCGUGACCCCGCAAUCCAGCACUUGUCAAGCAAGCUGGAGGCGAUGGCUCGCAACCGGGUGGCUUCCAUCAAGCGUGAGCGCCUCAACCUGCAACACGUGAUGGACUUGCUGGGCGAUGGCGAGGUUGAGGAGGCGGCGGCGGGGCAGGCCAAGGGCCCAAACGGAGCAGCGGUGGCAGCAGCAGCAGCGGCGGCCAAUGGCUCGAGCGUGUCCUCUCAUGAGGUCAAGCUGUCGGUGGCGGACGUCCUGAGCGCGGUCGCAACCUUCAACGAUAAGCCGCUGCCUGCGGACGUGUCCGCGGGGCCAGGACCGCUGGAGCUAGCUGACCUGGCGCAGCGCCUGGAGGCAGUGACUGGGUGAAGGUGAUAUGGCGGCAGCUGCAGCAGCAGCAGCAAGCAGUGAUUAGGGAUGAUGUGGUGGGUUGUAGCCUUUGGGUAGAAGCAUGGUAGUCAAUGGGCUGGAGAUUGGUGGCCCAGAUGCGCAGAGGGCGUUGCCAUUACGUGACAGCGACAGCUGUUGAGUUCAUAGGGUGGUAUUCGAGGGAUGGGACACGCAUUUGGUACGGGCCGCCGUGUGUUUGGAAUUAACUCACAACACUUACUGCUUUCAGUCGGAUCUGUGGCGUCACUCUGAGCCGGGUUUUUAGGCUGAGUCCCCUAAGCGAAGCGGUCCAGGGGGUCUGCCCUACAGUGCCCUCCACGGGUGCCGGGGUGCGACAUGCCCCCACGGUAAUAGGGCCGUUGCAAAUUGUUUUGUCAUCUGCUGGGUUCUGGGAAUCAGCUGCACCCUACGGGACUUUACCAACCUGCCCUGACACUGUCCCAUCACACCCCCCCCACGGUAAUAGGGCCAUCCGUGGCUCUUGCCAACGCCGAAGCAAUGUGUUGAGUUUGCGCCUAGAAUAGACGACCACUCAGAACGGUGUGUGAUGGGACACUCAGGACGGUGUAAGAGGGCUAGCGC